AUGGAUACAUCACUUUUGGUAGCGUUUUUUGUUGUUAAUGUUGCGAACGUCUCUGCUCAAGUCAGCAACAUCCCAAUGCUGAGCAGGACGAACUUUAAAGUUUGGAAAGAAGCCAUGGAAAUUGUCCUCGGCUGUAUGGAUUUGGAUCUUGCACUUCGUUCAGAUCGACCCGCUUCUACUCCGGAAAACCCCAAUGAGGGUAAAAUUGAAAAGUGGGAUCGCUCUAACCGGAUGUGCUUGAUGAUCAUGAAACAUUCCAUUCCGAAAGCGUUUCGGGGCUCUAUUACUGAGAGCGGGAGUGCCAAGAAGUUCUUUGAAGAAAUUGAGCAAUAUUUUGCCAAGAAUGAAAAAUCAGAGGCGAGUAACCUUUUGGCUAAACUCGUUUCCAUGAAGUAUAAGGGCAAAGGGAACAUAAGGGAGUACAUCAUAGAGAUGUCUCAUCUCGCAUCAAAACUCAAGUCGCUUAAGUUGGAGCUGUCUGAUGACUUGCUCGUGCACUUGAUUUUGAUCUCUCUUCCUGCGCACUUUGGGUAA